AUGUCGAAAACAAAUACUGAGAAGAUAGCUGGAUUGGAGGCAGGUGUUGCAGCCCUGGAGCAGGAUCUAACCAAGAUUCGAGAGGAAGCUGAUUUCGCCAGGAAGGAGAAUGCUGCACAAUUCACAGAACUCAUGCAAGCUAUCAACAACUUGGCAAAAACUGUCAAGGGGAAGAGCAGUCAAGAUGAGGAGAUGGAUAAGGUAGAAACUGAAUUUGAGCUCGAGUUUGGGUCCUUCAAAAAGGGACCUAAGGAAUAUAAGAACAAGGGUGGGGGUCGACAAAUGGGAGAAUUUCGGAAGCUUAAGGCUCCUAUUUUUGAAGGGGAAGACGCGUUUGGAUGGAUUUACAAGGUGAAGCGUUUCUUUGAGAUCCAAGACAUUGGCGUACGAGAUCGUUUGAAGGCAGCAACGAUUUGCUUGGACGGUAAGGCAUUGGCUUGGUUUCGCUGGAGUCAAGCAAGGAACCCGUUCCGUUCUUGGGAGGAAUUAAAAGAACGGCUGUUGGAGCGAUUCCAGUUAACCGGUGAAGGCAACCUCUAUCAUCAAUUUCUCGCCAUCCGAUAG